GGGGGCGUCCCCCCAAGAGAAUGUCCAAAGCCGGGUCUGCAAAUCCCACCCCAACCACUGCCUCCUGGUCUUUUGGGGAGGAGGCCCCAUCUGUGCCCUGAGAGCCACCGUCUGCAGCAGGGCGGGACUUUGUUCUUCCGGUCCUGUCUGUCCCUCCGUCUGUGCCAGUUGGCCACGCACUGCCCUGGCCCAGGUGGAGCAGCUCUGAGACGGAUCACCGAUCACCCACCGAACGGCCCCCAGUCCCGGCCCUUUGCAGCCAGCUCCGCUCUGUCCUUUGCAGCCAGCCCCACCCCAUUCCGGCCUUUCCUCUCCGGGGCUUCUGACUCACUCGUCCUGGUGUCCCCAGCCCGGCCUAUGGGGGAGUCGCAGUCCCAGCAGCCUGUCCUCGUGGACGACCCGGAAGCCGGCCUGGCCCCAGCAGCAGGCCGGAGGGGCGGGCCCCGGGGAUCUGCUCAUUCAUUCCGCCGGGGAGGACCAGCCAGCAGCCGGGCCAAGGCUCGGAACCACCGCCGGGCCAUGACACUCCUGGCCGCCGCCCGGGCCUUGCGCCUGCCCGCCCUGGCCAGGUCCGCUGUCCCUGCCCGCAGGCUCCCUGCUGCUGCAGCUUCCACCGGGUGUCUGGGGCCCGGGACCUCCCAGCGCCCCGAGGCUGGAGGUCCAGGCUGGGCUUCAGUGCAAGCCCUGGGAGCCAGGCUCCAGGUGCCACUGUCACCCUGCGUGACGUCCAGGAUUAUGCGGCCUGACGAUGCCAACGUGGCAGGGAACGUGCACGGGGGGACCAUCCUGAAGAUGAUCGAGGAGGCAGGUGCCAUCAUUAGCACCCGCCACUGCAACAGCCAGGAAGGGGAGCGUUGCGUGGCUGCCCUGGCGCGUGUGGAGCGCACGGACUUCCUGUCCCCCAUGUGCAUCGGCGAGGUGGCGCACGUGAGCGCCGAGAUCACCUACACGUCGCGACACUCGGUGGAAGUGCAGGUGCACGUCAUGUCUGAGAACAUCCUCACAGGGAACAAGAAGCUGACGAACAAGGCGACGUUGUGGUAUGUGCCCUUGUCCCUGCACAACGUGGACAAGGUCCUGGAGGUGCCGCCCGUGGUGUAUUCCCGACAGGAGCAGGAGGAGGAAGGCCGCAAGCGGUACGAGGCCCAGAAGCUGGAGCGCAUGGGGACGCGGUGGAGGGACGGGGACAUCGCGCAGCCCGUGCCCAACCCCGAGCCCAACACGGUCAGCUACAGCCAGUCCAGCCUGAUCCACCUGGUGGGGCCCUCGGACUGCACUCUGCAUGGCUUCGUGCAUGGAGGGGUCACCAUGAAGCUCAUGGACGAGGUGGCUGGCAUCGUGGCUGCGCGGCACUGUAAGACCAACAUCGUGACGGCCUCAGUGGACGCCAUUAACUUCCAUGACAAGAUUAGGAAAGGCUGUGUCAUCACCAUCUCGGGCCGCAUGACCUUCACCAGCAACAAGUCGAUGGAGAUAGAGGUGUUGGUGGAUGCCGACCCUGUGGUCAACGACACGCAGAAGCGCUACCGGGCGGCCAGCGCUUUCUUCACCUACGUGUCUCUGAGCUCCGAGGGCCGGCCACUGCCCGUGCCGCAGCUCUUGCCCGAGACGGAGGACGAGAAAAAACGCUUCGAGGAAGGCAAAGGCCGGUACCUGCAGAUGAAGGCCAAGCGCCAGGGCCAGCCGCAGCCACAGGCCUAGGUGGACGGCCCGGCCCGCCCCUCCCAUGGCCCCCCUCGGCCAAGCCCCCUCACCCCCCUUCAUGUCGGAGCUGGUGUGGUAUCCAGUGUUUGUCUCUCAGUAUUAACUUGACUCCUGAAACCCGAACACCAAAGCUUUAUUUAUGUCAUCACUGUGGCGGCCCUGGGCCCUCGCAGCCCAGCCACAGUCAUGCGCUUGGAAAGAAUCUGGCCUCACCAAUAAAACUGCUGUUUGGCUGGA